UAACUCUUCAAGAAAACACACAAAAGAAUUUGUCCAGUGUUUAGAAAUUCCAGCUAGAGUCUUGUACCUUCUGCAUCCUUCCAAAAAUGGCAUUUUCUAAAGAUUUUCUGGCUCUUUGUUUGUUGAUAGCACUAUCAAUCUCCAGCAUUGACAUGAGCCUGGCAGCUCGCCAUCUUUUGGACACACCGGCAGCUCCACCUCCAGCAUUAACACUGCCUACAAUUCCACCUCUGCCGAAGGCCACAUUGCCUCCAUUGCCCCCAGUGCCAACUUUGCCUAAGGCCACCUUGCCGCCAUUGCCCUCGACUCCAUUGCCAACAUUGCCAACGCAACCAACUCUUCCAAAGCCCACACUGCCACCUUUGCCAAGCACCCAAAUCCCAUCUUUGCCCCAACCUACAUUGCCCACCAUCCCCGCAACCCCUAAGGUUACACUGCCGCCAUUGCCAUCUACUCCUCUGCCCACAAUCCCCACCAUCCCAACAACAAUACCAACCAUUCCAUUCCCCUCCCCACCCCCAUCUAAAUGAACUAAUAGCCCUUGAAAUGCCACGGUUACCGUUAUUACCACCAGUUAGAAUGUUUCUUAGAUGCGUUUCAAGUCAGAUAUUGUGGGACGCGCCAUGGCAUGGACUUGAGUUAGUCCAUAUAUAUUUGUUUUAGUCCAUAUAUAUUUGUUGUUUUGUGGAUCAUUGAUUUCAUUCUCAUCCAGAGAAUCUUAGUGUGUCUCUUUCUGUUCAUUAUUUAUAGUAAUGUAUGGAGUAUAUAUUAUUACGUACUAAUCUUCUUGAUACAGAUGUUACAGUUCUCAAAACAAGCUCUUUUAAGGAUAUGCCCAUGAUUGUAUCAUGAAGAUAAAUAUUAUUUUAAUUUAUGCUCCA